AUGACUGUGAAUGACGACGACGAGUCGUGAAGAUAGUGAAGAAUUUGUACGCGGCGGUACGCGGGCGUACAUAACCUCGGUCCUUAUGGCAUCGCGAAUGUAGAGUAUAGGAUAUUUAUUCAAGUAAAGAAGGAAUUAGGGUUCCGAUUAUACAAAUUACAAUAAACAAAUUAAAGUAAUUAAAUAGAUUUAAAAUGAGUGGACAGAAAUUUCAGUACGACGAAAGUGGCGGAACGUUUUUUUACUUCCUUCUAUCAUUCUUGGCUCUGCUACUGGUACCUGGGACAUACUAUUUGUGGCCACGUCGGCCGAAACAAGAUCCUGAACUUCUGUCGAGAGAAUGCCAAUGCGAUGGAUGUAAAAAGAAAAAGAUCAUCUUGCAAUCAAGCGAGCCUUGGAAAGAAACUAAAGCGUUACUCACGAAAUCCCUCAUCAUCCUUGGCUGGGUCAUUCUUUUAUUAUUGGCGUAUAAAGUUUCCCAGUUUGACUACGAGAUGGCAAACUUUGAUCCAUUUGAAAUUUUGGGAGUUCCAUCGGGGUCGUCACAAAGUGAAAUCAAAAAAGCUUACAGAAAAUUAUCACUGAUCCUCCAUCCAGACAAAGAAACUGGAAAUGAAAAGGCAUUUAUGAAAUUAACCAAAGCCUAUCAGGCCUUGACUGACGAUGAAGCGAGAAAAAAUUGGGAAAAAUAUGGAAAUCCGGAUGGUCCCGGCGCUAUGAGUUUCGGAAUAGCUCUGCCGUCGUGGAUCGUAGAAAAAGAAAACUCGGUUUGGGUACUAGGGCUGUAUGCUCUUGUAUUUAUGGUCGCAUUACCAACUGUCGUUGGAAUGUGGUGGUACCGAAGUAUCCGAUAUUCUGGUGACCAGGUGCUGCUGGAUACCACACAACUGUAUUAUUUCUUCUUCCAUAAAACCCCUUCCAUGACAUUAAAACGGGUAAUUAUGAUUCUGGCUGCAUCUUAUGAAUUCUACAAAGGGCGUAACAACGAAAUUGUAGAAAGACCAGGUGACAAUGAAGAGGUUCCUGCUCUUAUAAAGCAGAUUAGUAAUCUAGGAGCUAAGAACAAAGAGAGACCCUUGUGCUACCUUUAUUCACUUAAAGCAAGAGCAUUACUUCAUGCUCAUUUAUCUCGGAUGCCAUUGAAUCCGGAAACAUUAGAGAAAGACCGUCAAUAUAUUGUUAAAAAGUGUCCUUACCUCAUACAAGAAAUGGUUACUUGCGUCAAUCAGUUGAUAUUAUUAGCGUAUGCCAGACGUAUUCAACGAUUACCGAGUAUCGAAACUAUUGAAAACUGCAUGAAGUUGUGCCCCAUGAUUGUACAAGGAUUUUGGGAAUUUAGAAAUCCUCUUCUUCAAUUACCCCAUAUUACAGACGAUAAUCUUAAGUACUUCCUUGCAAAAAAGCGUCAAAUCAAAAGUCUCCAACAGUUUGCGCAGUUGAAGGGGGAAGAGAGGCGUCAGAUUCUUAGAGCUCUGACCGAUAGUCAAUAUGAAGAUAUCAUGAAAGUUCUUGGCAGCAUGCCGUAUAUUGAAUUCAAAGUUCGCUCAGAAGUCAUCGACGAUGAGAACCCAACUGUAUAUACAGCCGGAGCCAUAGUGACAGUCACCGUGUCUCUCACACGUAAGGAUAUGAAACACUUGUUUGGUGACAAUACUGUGAAGGAACAAACGAUAAUCGAUGAUAGCAAAUCUGGUGCUGCUGGAGAAGGAAAUGAAGAGCCUGUAGAAGAAGAGAAUCAAACUCUUAAGAAACCUGCAUGGGUGAGGCAAAGAAAGGGUCCUAAAAAGUCGAACAAAAAAGGUUCAAAUAAGAAAGCACCAUCACAGAAGGCGGUGCCCGUUCAAGCGCAAGCAACGGUAACUUCGGCUCAACAAAACAAUACGCCAAAUGCCAGGAGAAAGGAUGAAGCUAAAGCAGAAAAAGACCCAAAUAAGGAGGGCGUUUCAGAUGCUAGUGACACUGAAUUGGAUUCGGAAAGAAGUGAUGACGAAGAAAGUUCUCACGAUAAAAAGGACUCUGCGGUUGAUGAUGAUGAUACUGAAUGGGAGAGAUUUCAGCAGAGAAUUUCAAAGCGUGAAAAGAUUCUAGAGGGCAGAAGCAAGCUCUCGCACGAAGUGCAUUGCCCUUUGUUCCCAGAAGCAAAGCAGGAAUAUUGGUGGGUUUACAUUUGUGAUCGUAAAAGUCAUACUCUGCUCACCGCACCUGUCCACGUGACAUCAUUGGCAACUUUUGAAGAGGUGCAGCUGCGGUUUACCGCACCCCGCUGGCCAGGUCUAUACACCUUCACUGUAUGCCUGCGCAGUGAUUCCUACAUUGGCUUUGAUCAAGCUCAAGACAUUAAACUGGACGUGAAAGAAGCACCAGAGAUACCAACAGAGCACCCACAAUGGGACAUAUCUGACGAAGAAACAGCGGAGGAUGUCGAUGCUGGUGAUGAACAUUCCGAAUUUACGACCGAUGAAGACAUCAGUGACAAUGAAUAAAGCUCAUGAUUUUCAUUACACUAGUAAAUUGAGGUGAUGCAUUCACAUCUUUUUUUUAAACUUGAACCCUCUCAUAGUCGACGUUGCGUCCCAAUUCCUAAAACUUACCAACAUAAGCAGCGUAGUCACGACAACAUGAAUGACACGUAAACAGAAUAUUGGUUGUAACACAGAGUUCUACCCGUACUCGUCUCUUCAGUUGAAGUAUUAAACGAAGUUGGCACCUGGUUAGUUAGAAAUAAAAGAAAAUUUUCUUUACUCUUUUGUGUUUCUACCUGUCUUGGUAUCAAAAUCGGUCAUCAAUGUAAAUCUAACUGUACCUCCUACCAGAUCGAGGAAUGUCUACAAGAAGCAAGUCAAUUAACUAGGAAUAACGUAAUGUUAAAUACGUUUAUCUUUCGUUUGGUAGGCUACAAGUUUCGUUGGAAUUUUAACAGAUUUUUUCAAGUACUUAAAUUUAAGGUAGCGUUGAAAAUUUUAAAUCCGUUCAUGAUUUUCGUAUGAGUCAAUAAAAUAUAAAAAACAAAAAAUGUGUAACGAAAAUAGCCGCGAGAGAAUGCAUCCCCUUAAAUAAUGCUCCAGAAAUCAACUGUUCUUCACUCAAGACAAAUUACAUGGGAAUUUUGUAUAAUGAAUUGAUUAUGUUGGAUGUUACGAAGGAAAUUCGUAUGACAACGGCAUACAAAUUUUCCCACACAUGGGAAACAAUUAGCGAAUAUUUAUUUUAUCAUUGUUAAUUGAUUUAAAUUUAUUCUAGGAAUUAUGUGUGCACAACUUUGUAAUAAAAUGAAAAUAUCUAUGUUUA